CACAAGACUUGCAGUGCAUUACGACGCACAAAGCAUUCAGAUCAGUUCUGACGCGAGGAUCAGAAGCUCAAAGCGCCUCAGAUUCGGGACUAAAGUCCGAAGCUCUGACGGAACUAGACGAGAAAGAGUGUUUUCCUUCAUGAAAAAUCUCAUGAAAAAAGCUCUUCGGACUCGACCCGGUCGCCGACAGUAACCGGGCCUGGCCUCGACCCAAAAGACAACAGAACAGUAAGAUCUCCACCGCGGCGGCAGAGGAGGACGCACGGAGGGCUCGUGCGUGCCAUGGACGGGGCCGGACCGCCUCCGCCCACUUCCGUCGACGGUGGCUAGCCUCCGUCGUGCUGCGCUGUCCGGCAGCGGAAGCGCCCAUAAAGACGGCGCGCGUGCCAUGUCACGCUUGCCACUCGAGGCUGGAAACGGACGAUCGUCACCCCCUAUUGUUGGGUCUGCUCGGGCGAGCUGCUGUGGGGCUGGAGCGUUUGGACGUUGUGUGCUGCGGGUGUCGGCGGGGAGGAGGAGACGAGACGAGACGAGAAGCGAUAUCGAGCUAGCUCGAUCGAUCGAUCAAUUGAUUGAUUGAUCGAGGAGGAGGAGGAGGAGGUGGGGAUGGCUUCGGGAAGGGUAGGAGCUCAGCAGAGGGCUGACCCCGAUGGUCAGGCUCUGCGGGUGGUUCCGUUCGUCGUCGUGGCCUUGAUCGUGGCUCAUUUGCUGGCUUUCGCAUAUUGGAUAUACAGAGUUGCAGUCGAGAAGCAGCCUCAGCGACGCAAGAUUCACUAGGGUUGCGGGCAUUCGUGGUGCCAUCUCGACACGGGUUGCAGGUCUUUGCAGAAUGUCAUUGAAAAUCCUAACGACACGUCCUCGUCCCCCGAGGCCAGAUCGAGAACACAUACUCACUCCUGCACAGGAUUUGAGUGAUGUACAGAGUUGUCUACACCAUGGGUUUCAUUUCUGUGAAGCAGCCAUCAGCAGAUUCGACUAGAUGAGUAUUUUGCCCCGUAGGAAUUGUGAUUGUCCUUGCGAAGCAGAGGAUCGAUUUUGCACGACUACAUUCGAUAUUUUGUGACAUAACUUGAGAAUUGCCGUCUAUACAAAUCAAAGUAGUUCGCGAUUUCCAGUGUUCCACGCCCGGAUGUCUUCCUCCCUGGCACUUGACGCUGUCGGGCGAAAUUGUGAGUACAAUCGAUGUUGCCCAGAUGAUCUCUCAUCGGCUCGGUCGGACGAGUGCGCCGUUACUUCCAGUUACACACCGAGGUGAAUGAAAGAGGUGCCCGAUCUUUGAAGAAAAUUCUCACCAGGAAGCAUCGAGUUGUCUAGGAGUGCUUGAGUUCGCAACGUCCGUGAUACUGCUAUCAAGGGUAGUCUCUGCUGCGGCUAUGAUCUUCCCGUUUGUCUCUGCUUGAUCAUUCUACGGGUUUCGUUGGGAUUAGGGUACCUGGAGCUGUGCGGCCAAGUACGCCAAGUGCACCAGAGAGCUGGUCUCCAGUUUUCGAAAAAUUGGGAAUAUUUGAGAGCAUUGAAUAUCAGUUUACAAAUGUUUUGAAAUUUCCCGAUCGUAAGAUGUCAAACAUCGGUGAGUAAACUGUAUCUCAUAACUCAAAGAUUUUGGGAUGUUUAAGGCGCCGUAAUCAUGUGAUCAUGAAGACUCAUCGACGAAGUUUAUGUACAUCAUAUUGCAGUUCUUGAAGUCGGCACAUUUCCCUCAUCUCUGGUGUCUUUUACAUCACUCUCGUUCCCUUCAGCAGGAUCUCGC